GUGAUUGACGUGGACGGCUCCAACAGGAUGACCCUGCUGGAGGACAAGCUGCCUCACAUCUUUGGCUUCACGCUGCUGGGCGACUACAUCUACUGGACGGACUGGCAGAGGAGGAGCAUCGAGAGGGUCCACAAGACCAACGCCAUCCGAGAGAUCAUCAUUGAUCAGCUGCCUGAUCUCAUGGGACUCAAGGCCACCAGAGUCACUGAGGUCUCCGGUAAGAGAAAAAGGAAAUUAUGGCGUUUUAUUGUUAUUUGGAUGUACACAGCUGUAGUAGUGUAAGAAGUGUGUUUUGUAUAUAGGUAGUUCUGCAGUAGUAAGUAUGCAAUAAUUAUGAGUACUACUAGGGUAAAUGUUUUCUUAUAUAUGAUGUAUUCUCACAUCGAUUUCCACAACUGACAGCUGUAAGCAGAGAGUGAACAGUACCAGAUCUCCCGGUCUGCUGCAGAUAAACUGACCAUGUCUCUCUCUUUCCCUCUCUCCCUCAUAAAGGCACGAACGGCUGUGCGGAGGACAAUGGCGGCUGCAGCCACCUUUGUUUCCACCGGCCCCAGGGCCUGCGCUGUGCCUGUCCCAUGGGCCUAGAGCUCCUCAGUGACCUGAGGACGUGCGUGGUGCCCGAGGCUUUCCUGCUCUUCACCAACCGGGCUGACAUCCGUUCCAUCUCCCUCGGGACCAACUCUAACGACGUGGCCAUCCCCCUCACCGGGGUUAAGGAGGCCUCCGCCCUCGACUUUGACGUCUCCGAGAACAGGAUCUACUGGACUGACGUCAGCACCAAGGUGAGAAUGACUCCUUUUCUUUGUCAUUCUAUUCUAGUCAUUAUUCGUUUUAUGGUUUCCGAGUCUAAUUUUGGGGGUUUGUUUUCUGUCAUCUGGGUUGAUUUAGCCAUCAGGGGUGUUUUUAUUUAUUUAGGCUCUAGGCUUUUUUGGUUCAUAUUGAGCUCAGUGCCUGACUGUUGUACAAGUGUCUGACUCUACUCCCCUGUCCUCCCUCCCUCAGACCAUCAGCAGGGCCUUCAUGAACGGCAGCUCUGUAGAGCAUGUGAUUGAGUUUGGGCUGGACUACCCAGAAGGCAUGGCGGUAGACUGGAUGGGCAGGAACGUGUACUGGGCUGAUACAGGGACCAACCGUGUCGAGGUGGCCCGGCUGGAUGGACAGUACCGACAGGUCCUGGUGUGUAAGGACCUGGACAACCCUCGCUCCCUGGCCCUUAACCCUGCCAAUGGGUAAGACUGACUGGGAUCCAUCUCAUCUGCAUGACACAACUCACAGACCUGUCUGCCUGGUCCCAGAUCUGUUUCUUGCCAACUUUGAACGUGUGACAAUGACCAUAGGACCAAAGGCGGUACAAACGGAUCUGAAACCAGGCUAGGCUGACGUCAUCUGUUCACCAGUACCCAUAGAGAUGACUGACUGGCUAGGUGAAUCAUGAUUCUUUCCCUCUGAGUUUCUCAGGCAGGGAGUGUAGUGAGAGGUUGCAUCAGUGCCACAGCACUGCGGCUUUCAAGUUUUACGUUUUUGUCACUUGCACAAGUACAAUGAAAUGCCUUUCUUGCAAGCUCUUUCCCAACAAUGCAGUAAUCAAUAUCAGUGGUACUAAAAAAGUAAAGUAGAACCAAAAACACACGAGAAAUAGAAAUAAGAAGAACAUGAGAAAUUAAGUAAGCUAUAUACAGGGUCAGUUCAUGGACAGUGCCAAUACCUUAUUUACAAUGUGCAGGGAUACUGGAGCGGUAGGGUUAGAUAUGUAUAGGGGUAAGGUGACUAGGCAUCAGGAUAUAUGAUAAACAGAGUAGUAGUAGCAGUGUGUGUGUGUGUAGAGUCAGUAUGAAUUUGUGUGCGUGAGCAAAUUAAGUGUGUGUGUGUUGGAGUGUCAGUGUGUGAGUGAGUGUGUAUAGUCUUGUGAGUGGGCACAGAGUCAGUGCAAAAAUAAAAUAGAAGGGUCAAUGCAGAUAGUCUGUGUAGCCAUUUUGUUAGCAAUCUAAUAAUUUAGGAAUAGAGGCUGUUUAGGAGCCUGUUGGUGUCAGACUUGUUGCUCCGGUACCACUUGCCAUGCGGAAGCAGAGAGAAUAAUCUAUGGCUUGGGGGGCUGGGGUCUUUAGCAAUUUUCCGGGCCUUCGUUUCACUCCACCUGAUAUAGAGGUCCUGGAUGGCAGUUAGCUCUGCCCCAGUGAUGUACUGGGCUGUCCGUACCACCCUCUGUAGCGCCAUGAGAUAUAGGGCGGUGCAGUUGCCAUAACAAGCAGUGACUCAGCCAGUCAAGAUGCUCUCAAUGGUGCAGUUGUAUAACUUUUUGAGGAUCUGAGGGCCCAUGCUAAAUCUUUUCAACCUCCUUAGGGGGAAGAGGCGCUGUCGCGCCUUCUUCACGACUGUGUGCGGACCAUUUUAAGUCCUUAGUGAUUUGGACACCGAGGAACUUGAAGCUCUCGACCCGCUCCACUGCAGCCCCGUCAAUGCAGAUGGGGGCGUGCCCCCCCAGUUUAUUGUAGUCCACGAUCAGCUCCUUGGUCUUACUGACGUUGAGGGAGAGGUUGUUGUCCUGGCAGGUCACUGACCACCUCCUUCCUGUAGGCUGUCUCAUCGUCGCCGUUGAUAAUGCCUACCACCGUCAUGUCGUCAGCAAACUUGAUGAUGGUGUUGGAGUAGUGCGUGACCGCAGUCGUGGGUGAACAGGGAGUACAGUAGGGCACACACCCCUGUGGAGCCCCUGUGUUGAGGGUCAGCAUGGCGGAGGUGAUGUUGCCUACCCUCACCACCUGGGGGCGGCCCGUCAGGAAGUCCAGGAUCCAGUUGCAGACGGAGGCUUCUCCUCCAUGUGAGGAGUUGUUAGUCGAUACACGUUUGCCAACAUGCCACAGCUUUUGCAUGUCACUCUGCAGGUGAAGUCAUGUCCUGGAGCUGUCAAGAGUCAUGCUUGUGGCUUCUGAUGCAUUUUUACCACCUAGCUUUACCCCUCGGCAUUGUUUCCUCUCUCAUAUACAGAACUGGGUUGAGUUCUUCCACAGUGAUUGUCCCCAUAGUUGGGGCCGUGGCCAUUUACCAAUUUGCCAGUGCAUAUUGAAUUAGUUUGGGAAUGCAGACAUAGUCUUGGCUGGCAUCAAGUGUUUGGGGAUAUAUGGGCUCGUUCUACUGUGUUAAAAGCAGCUCUGUGUGUCUGUCCUCAGCUACAUGUACUGGACAGAGUGGGGAGGCAAGCCCAGGAUCGCCAGGGCCCAUAUGGACGGCAGCAACAUAGUGACCCUAGUGGACAAAGUGGGCAGAGCCAACGGCCUCACCAUCGACUACAUCGACCAGAGACUCUACUGGACCGACCUGGAUACCUGUAUGAUAGAGUCAACCAACAUGCAAGGUAAAGGCAUACAGUAGUCAAUCUAGUCUCCAACCUCUCUGCUGUUUAUGAUUGACGAUACAUGAUGAGCAUAAAACUCUGUCAUAUCGCUGUGGUUGACAGCAAUAUCAAUCUUCAUUAGCCCAGAUUGACAUUCUCCUUUUUCCCCCAUAUCUGCAAUAUUACUGUACAAAAAUAAGAUCAUAUUGCUGUGGUUAACAACAAUAUCCUGAUUUAGAUCUUCAAUAAUCCAUAUGUUGAUAAUCAGGUCUGCAGAGGGAGAUAGUGGCUGACGACCUCCCUCAUCCGUUUGGCCUGACCCAGUACCGGGACUACAUCUACUGGACAGACUGGAACCUGCGCAGCAUCGAGCGGGCCGACAAGCGCUCUGGGCUGAACCGCACCAUGGUCCAGGGACACCUGGAGUACGUCAUGGACAUUCUGGUCUUCCACUCCUCUCGCCAGGACGGUGCCAAUGACUGCUCCCAGAACAACGGCAACUGUGCCCACCUUUGCCUGGCGUCGCCAGCCGGCGCCCAGUGCCGCUGUGCCUCCCACUACAUCCUGGACUCCAACAGCAGGAACUGCAGCUGUGAGUAGAGAGACGACCAGGACCGGCGUGGGCAGGGGGUUGUUGGGUUUAUGUUUUUAGUUUGGUUCAGUGUUGUAUUUAGUGUGUUGGACCAGUCAUAGUUUAUUCUGUGUUGAGACAUAUGCACUAAUUUCCCGUGGGCAUUUUACUGUAAAUGUAAUCUCUCCGUUUUAAGAAUAGGGGAAUCAGUGUAUUUUUUUACAGCAUCUUUGCUCUACAAGGAUGUAUUGUAUAAAUAAACCCAGGUGUGUCUACAGCCCUUGGCCAUGCAAAACCUCAUAACACGUGUCUGUCUGAAUCAUACAAUGAGCUGACCUGAGACUUUCACUGAGGCCUGAUGUGGACACAAGUGUUAGAAAGGAGGUUGCUGUGCACAUAUCGCAGAUUGAGCAUUCCUCUGGUCUUGGCAUGGGAUGAAGGCCCUAUCUGUUUCUACAUUAGUCUGUGUUUCUUUCUCACUGUUGCAUACUUCCCUGGCCUCUGGGGACCACUGAUUACUGCAUUCUAGUAAGCUGAUUACAACAUCCUGAGUCAUGGAGAGGUUGGUAGGAGAAAGCGAGGGAGGGAGGGGGGGGCAGAGAGAGAGAGAGAGCGAGGGGGGUGGGGCAGAGAGUCAGCGAGAAGGGGAGAUGGAGAGAGAUUUGCAUGUUUGAAUUGGGCCUGUUGACCUCUGACAUCUCCCCUCCCUCCCUCCCUCCCUCCAGCCCCCUCUAGCUUCCUCCUGUUCAGCCAGAAGGCCUCAAUCAGCCGCAUGGUUCUGGGUGAGCAGAGCCCCGACAUCAUCCUUCCCAUCCACGUCCUCCGCAACGUCCGGGCCAUCAGCUACGACCCCCUGGACCACCUGGUCUACUGGGUGGACGGACGGCAGAACAUCAGGAGGGCCCGUGACGAUGGCACACAGGUGAGUCAUGAUGAUAAAGAGGACCACGUAUUUACCUGCUUUUACAUACACACUUGAGGUGCAUAUAGUAUAUUGUGUAUAUUACACAAUGCUUUUCAAUUACAUUCUAGUUUACAUGCAUAUAAAGUUGAGUGAGUUAUAGCACUUAAUUUAAUUGACAUCAGUACAGCCAUCAGGCACAAAUACAUUUGUUUGAACACUCGCAUAUCUUUUGUCGACAGAGUGAAUCCUUUCACAAUUAUUGGCCCUUUCUCUGAUUUAAUAUCUGUAUCUCCUUCAUCCUCUUCCAGUCAUCAGUGGUGGUGUCCACCACUUCCACCCACCAGCAGCAGCAAGACAAGCAGCCCCACGACCUGAGCCUGGACCCCUACAGCCGUACUGUCUACUGGACUUGUGAGGCCACCAAUACCAUCAACCUCCAGCGCCUGGACGGAGACGCCGUGGGCGUGGUGCUGCGAGAUGAACAUGACAAACCCAGAGCCAUCGUAGUCAACGCCGAAAAAGGGUGAGGAGGGGAGGGUUGUAUCAUGGAGGAGACUGUGUAUAAAACAAAGUGCUGCCUUGUUCAUACUGUUGCAGCACUUGAGGGAACUGUUUAUUUUGUGCAGAUGGAGGCAGACUGACUCAAUAACUGCAUUUAGGGAUGGCAACAUUUCUAUUUCAAAUCUUCCAGGCUCGGUUUUCAAAUCUACCCCGAAUGUGGUGGACUUGGGAAUGAAAAACAGAGGGAACUCACUCACUUGAAAGCUUUUGAAAAUAUACAGGACUUCCAAAAUAGUUCAGUGUCCCCUUAUGAAAUAUUUUCAAGCGCGCAAUGCCACUUGUAUGUGUGUAAAUAUAGUAGUUGGCUGGCGGGCAGAUCAGGGACUGGGUGUGGCACUCCUCCAAGCAGCAGAGUAAUUAGUGGGUGAUCAGGUGAUUAGUGAUAUGGUGUUGACAAUUUGACAAGGGAGGCUCUGUGGAACGGCGUUUAUUUUCCUUCGAUAGGUCAGGGAAGGAACCACAGCCCCAAGUAAGUACGAGGCUGAGAAUGUCAGGCCAUGUGUGCAGCAGAUGGUUGUGUUGACUGUUCUGCCUGCACUCCUUUCUCCUCUCCAGUGGUGCAGUAGGAUGGUCAAGGCCAUAGGUCAGAUCCUGGCAGGCUGCACUGGAAUUGUGAUGCUCAUUGUUGAUGUGGCCGCCCUACAUAUUACGUUCUAUUUGGGGCUCUCCUUUGUGGUUUGGCCUGGAUGUGGCAUAGGUGACUUCUCUCAUAGGAGGAGUAAACUAAUCAACAUGAGACCUGUUGUUUAUAAUCCCAAGGAUUGAGGCCAACAAUCUCAAAUGGAAUAUUGUUGGCAAUCAGCUUGACAAUUUUGAUAAUUUGACAUGGUCUUGUAAUUGUUUUUAUCUGAUUUGAAAGUUGCAUUUAGUUGCUUGUCUCUCCAUGGGCCUUGAAAGCACUAGAUAGACAUUGAAGAUGUUUGGCCGAGCUCAGUACAGACAUUCUCAAAGGUUACAGGCAGGUUGAGGAUCUGGCAGGGUUCAUUUGUUUUUUCCCCCUUUCCCUUGAAGUGACCGCUUCUAGAUUUACUCAAAGCAUUAUAUUAUUACAUUAAUACUUCAACUGAUUACACUCAGACUGAUAUUUAAAAAAAAAUUGUCCCCUUUUCACUUGAAGAGGCAGAACCAAACUGAAGAAGCAGAACCAAAUUACAAACAGAUGAGCGUUUGCGCAAUAUAAUUUCUUCCUUCGUCUUCUCCGUCUAAACAAGUGUUAAGGGAGGGUCUUAUCAGAGCUGAUAGAAGCUGGCGUGAGACAUAACAAACAGGGGAAGGCCCACACAGCCAGACAAUAGCUUCUACCCCUCCAGGCUCUGAGAGAGAGGCCAACUGAACAGCCCUGUGCUCUAGUCUACACCCAGCACAGUGCAAUAAAGGCUGCCCUGCCCACCCAUCAUAACACAUACCUCAACUGUUAUUUAUCUCCCAUCUAUCAGUAAAUCUCUCUGGCUGAUUUCCAUGUUGUAGUGUGAUAAUAUAUCUGUCAAGGUUGACUAAUGUCUAAAAUCCUGUACACAGUUGUUGGUUUAAGGUUUGGGCAGCAACUGUUCAAACGUCUGGCAGUAUGCUUUUUUUGGUUGUUUUGUUUUCUUACCUCUGACCGGCUCCAUCCCCAUCUCUCCUGUAGGUAUAUGUAUUUCACCACCAUGCAGGAUCGCUCUGCUAAGAUCGAAGGAGCGUCUCUGGAUGGGACGGAGCGGGAGUCUUUGUUUACCACGGGUCUGAUCCGGCCUGUAGCCCUGGCCCUGGACAACAAGCUGGGGAAACUCUUCUGGGUGGACGCUGACUUGAAACGCAUUGAGAGCAGUGACCUCACUGGUGAGUCCCAAUGCUAAAGAAGUGUGGACAGCCAUUCUAGAUCCAGAUCAUCAGCACUCAUAAACACUGCUGAUCAUCUGAAAAGCUGUUGUUGCUAUGGUUUUCAUCAGUUUUGACAGCAUUUAUGUACAUCUCUCAUUCUCAAUUGUAUACAGCAGUAUUGCAGAAAAUGACACAAUGUUCCUCGAGUCCAAACACAGUUUGUGGUCUAAAAUCGCCUGCCCAUCUUCCGAAAACGUCUGAAACCCUACUUCUUCAAAGAGUAUCUUAACACUAGAAAAGCCUGGCCUCUUUGGACCCCCUUCAGGCCAAUGAGGAGUCAUUUUGACUCAACAUUCUAACAGCCUAAGGAAUACAUUUCAUGUAUGCUAUCGGGAAAAUAAUACUUUGGUUGUGUUUAUUAAGAACACAAUAGCAUUUUUAUUAGUUUAUGUUACUCUAGGCUAUCUGUGGCGUGCAUGGAAUAGUGAUAUUUUUAAAUAGAGCUAACCUCUACAAUCUUAAGAGUUAUUUGGCAAUGGUAAGUGUUUUAGAAACAUCAGAAUCUUCUUUUUAUGAUACUAUAUAUAAAUCUAAAGUCUUGCCUUCCUGUGACACUGUACGAUGAUUUGAAAAAGUCACUUUCUGGCGCAAAACUUAACUGCUUUUAACAAAGAUUAUUAGUGAUAUCAAAAUUCGAACAUACAGUGAGGGAAAACAGUAUUUGAUCCCCUGCUGAUUUUGUACGUUUGCCCACUGACAAAGAAAUUAUCAGUCUAUAAUUGUAAUGGUAGGUUUAUUUUAACAGUGAGAGACAGAAUAACAACAACAAAAUCCAGAAAAACGCAUGUCAAAAACGUUAUAAAUUGAUUCACAUUUUAAUGAGGGAAAUAAGUAUUUGACCCCCUCUCAAUCAGAAAGAUUUCUGGCUCCCAGGUGUCUUUUAUACAGGUAACGAGCUGAGAUUAGGAGCACACUCUUAAAGGGAGUGCUCCUAAUCUCAGUUUGUGACCUGUAUAAAAGACUCCUAUCCACAGAAGCAAUCAAUCAAUCAGAUUCCAAACUCUCCACCAUGGCCAAGACCAAAGAGCUCUCCAAGGAUGUCAGGGCCAAGAUUGUAGACCUACACAAGGCUGGAAUGGGCUACAAGACCAUCGCCAAGCAGCUUGGUGAGAAGGUGACAACAGUUGGUGCGAUUAUUCGCAAAUGGAAGAAACACAAAAUAACUGUCAAUCUCCCUCGGCCUGGGGCUCCAUGCAAGAUCUCACCUCGUGGAGUUGCAAUGAUCAUGAGAACGGUGAGGAAUCAGCCCAGAACUACACGGGAGGAUCUUGUCAAUGAUCUCAAGGCAGCUGGGACCAUAGUCACCAAGAAAACAAUUGGUAACACACUACGCCGUGAAGGACUGAAAUCCUGCAGCGCCCGCAAGGUCCCCCUGCUCAAGAAAGCACAUAUACAUGCCCGUUGAAGUUUACCAAUGAAAAUCUGAAUGAUUCAGAGGAGAACUGGGUGAAAGUGUUGUGGUCAGAUAAGACCAAAAUGGAGAUCUUUGACAUCAACUCAACUCGCCGUGUUUGGAGGAGGAGGAAUGCUGCCUAUGACCCCAAGAACACCAUCCCCACCGUCAAACAUGGAGGUGGAAACAUUAUGCUUUGGGGGUGUUUUUCUGCUAAGGGGACAGGACAACUUCACUGCAUCAAAGGGACGAUGGACGGGGCCAUGUACCGUCAAAUCUUGGGUGGGAACCUCCUUCCCUCAGCCAGGGCAUUGAAAAUGGGUCGUGGAUGGGUAUUCCAGCAUGACAAUGACCCAAAACACACGGUCAAGGCAACAAAGGAGUGGCUCAAGAAGAAGCACAUUACGGUCCUGGAGUGGCCUAGCCAGUCUCCAGACCUUAAUCCCAUAGAAAAUCUGUGGAGGGAGCUGAAGGUUCGAGUUGCCAAACAUCAGCCUCGAAAUCUUAAUGACUUGGAGAAGAUCUGCAAAGAGGAGUGGAACAAAAUCCUUCCUGAGAUGUGUGCAAACCUGGUGGCCAACUACAAGAAACGUCUGACCUCUGUGAUUGCCAACAAGGGUUUUGCCACCAAGUACUAAGUCAUGUUUUGCAGAGGGGUCAAAUACUUAUUUCCCUCAUUAAAAUGCAAAUCAAUUUAUAACAUUUUUGACAUGCGUUUUUAUGGAUUUUUUUGUUGUUAUUCUGUCUCUCACUGUUCAAAUAAACCUACCAUUAGAAUUACAGACUGAUCACUGUCUUUGUCAGUGGGCAAACAUACAAAAUCAGCAGGGGAUCAAAUACUUUUUUCCCUCACUGUACACUGAGUGUACAAAACAUCAGGAACACCUGCUCUUUCCAUGAUAAAGACUGACCAGGUGAAUCCAGGAGAAAGUUAUGAAUUCUUAUUGAUAAAUCCACUUCAAUCAAUGUAGAUGAAGGGGAAGAGACCGGUUAAAGAAGGAGUUUUAAGCCUUGAGACAAUUGAGACAUGGAUUGUGUAUGUGUGCCAUUUGCAGGGUGAAUGGGCAAGACAAAAUAAUUAAGUGCCUUUGAACGGGGUAUGGUAGUAGGUGCCAGGUGCAUCAGUUUGAACUGCAACGCUGCUGUGUUUUUCACGCUCAACACUAACCUGUGUGUAUUAACAAUGGUCCAUCAUCCAAAGUACAUCCAACCAACUUGACACAACUGUGGGAAGCAUUGGAGUCAACAUGGACCAGCAUCCCUGUGGAACGCUUUCGACACCUUGUAGAGUCCAUGCCCCAACAAAUUGAGGUUCUGAGUGCAAAAGGGGGUGCAACUCAAUAUUGGGAAGGUGUUCCUAAUAUUUUGUACUCUCAGUGUACGUGUGUUAAAUAGACUUAUUUAGGAAAAGUCCAGAACGGAGGGGGGCAUGACUUUAAAAUGGCAGAGAAAUGUCAAUUUCAGUUCAUAUUGGGUCAAGAUUAUCCCCUUGGCCUUUCUAGUGUUAAAUAAAUCCCACGGCCUCUGAAGUCUGGACUGGAUAGGAACAAGACAGCAUCCAGACUGAUUUCUCCAGGCCAUUUAUGCACCAUCAAAGACUGUAGAGUUAUGAAAGACAGUAUCUUUACUUUGGCAGACCAUGUUUAGUAAGAGUUAUUGAAUAUUAGUCAAACAAUCUUGUUUUAGUGAUGGUGUCUAAAGUUAUUACCUAUAUUUUCUAUGAUAAAGUUUAGAACUUCUGAAGGAAGACCUAAGGGUCUGAAAGUAAAUGCAUUUGGGAGGAUUCACUGUCUGAUGUGUGGUAUAGGAUAUCUAUUGUUUGGUGUAUACUACCCUUGUUCUGAGGUCAUUCCUCUUCCUCCUCCCAGGAGCCAAUCGGAUCGUCCUCCAGGAUUCUAACAUCCUGCAGCCCAUGGGUCUGACAGUGCUGGGGGAGCACCUGUACUGGAUCGACAGACAGCAGCAGAUGAUCGAGAGGGUGGACAAGCUGAUUGGGGAGAAGAGGACCCGCAUCCAGGGCCGCAUCGCCUACCUCACCAGCAUCCACGCUGUGGAAGACAUGGACCCUACAGAGUUUGGUAAGGCACCUGGAGGAGCCUUUGUUUAGCCACUUCCUAUUGCCUCAGCUGAUACCAAUCCUUUUGGAAAACAUAAAUGUGUGAUGUAGUGCUUUACUACAACAGAGUUCCGUUACUCUCUCCAGUGGCAAACGCUAACUGUCCACGUCUUCUCCUUCCUCUCCCCCACAGCUUCUCAUCCCUGUUCCCGUGACAACGGAGGCUGCUCACACAUCUGCAUCGCCAAAGGAGACGGGACACCUCGCUGCUCCUGUCCCAUGCACCUGGUCCUGCUGCCCAACCUGCUCAUCUGUGGAGGUACAGCUGCUGCUUUAACACAUUCAAUAAUGAUGUGUGUGAUACACAAUAAGUGAAGUAUAACACCAAGCAUUGGCUCUGAAUCUAAACUCCUCUCCUCUCCUCCCCUCUCCCACCUCAGAACCACCCACCUGUUCCACAGAGCAGUUCACCUGUGCCACGGGGGACAUUGACUGCAUCCCCAUGGCAUGGCGCUGUGACGGCUUCGCUGAGUGUGAUGACAACAGUGACGAGGAAAACUGCCCCGUGUGCUCGGCAAUCCAGUUCCAGUGUGACAAGGGCCAGUGUGUGGAUGCUCAGCUACGCUGCAACGGAGAGCCAGACUGCGCAGACAACUCCGAUGAACUGGACUGUGAGAGUACGUUCACUCAACUCAGACUUUGUGCACAAUAUUGACACUGUUCCAGUUCAGUAAACAUACACCAAUGUCGUAGGGAUUAAAGGCCUUGUUUUGAAGAUUGCUCAUUUAAGAAAUGCUAGCGGCCAUGACUAAAGACAAAAGAGUUAUCUUGGGGAUGUGGGUGGUGUUAUGUUCCCAUAUCAUACCCUGGCAUGUACUGUUGUUUGUCCCUCCUGAGUCACCGUAGCAACAACAGCCACUUCCUCGAAGUAGGCACUUUCUGAAAAUAGGCUGAAUUAAUCUAAGAUAAAUCAAUAAAUCUGUAAUUAAUUUAGACAUUUUUGCUAAGUCAUGCAAUUUUACAUCAAGCUAAGGUGUUUGGUGCAGUGUUUCUCAAGUACAAAAAUGUGCAUGGCUAACUAGCCGGUGGGUUUUGGAAUAUUGGCAAGUUGCAGUUGGGAUACAGAUGCGCUUUGAUCGUCUCAAUUCUCAUUUUGCCCCAAAAAGUGGCAGGCUUGAGUGAUUGACACUAUCAAACACAUCAGCAAGUGGCCACUCCAUAAAGGGCUUAGGGCCAAGGGUUAUUUCAACAUAACAUUGGCGACGUGUUGUCUUAUGUAAACAAGUCUGAGAAGCUGCGUAAUGGGCAGGUCUGUCUCACUGUCUUGAGGUUCUGGCUGCUAUGGUUGGAUAGAGCGCACAGCUGAUGGAUGCAAUCAGCACAGCUGCUUCUCUCGUGUUAGUGGGCACUGGGCAAAUGGGAAUGAUCGUAAUAAUACCCAACCCUCCAGUAAGUCGUGACGAACUCACUUACAAAACUCAGUUUUGGACAAGACUGACUUUAUGACCAAAAUUAUCCUAUUUACACUUUGUGGUUAAUUUUUACACUAGAAUAAAUGUUUCUGCCUCAUAUCGAUGCCACAUAGGCCGUUUAAAUUCAGAGAAGUUGAUUCUAAGGGGCAGUUGACCUUUAAUACUAGGAGAUUGUACUAUCACCACCACCAGCAACCUUGUUUGUAUUGAUUUGAUGAUAAGCCAUGCCAAGUCUUGUAACGAGGACUUUGCUCUGUCUCCUCCCCUCAGCCAUAUGCCUGCCCAACCAGUUCCGCUGCAACAACAACCAGUGCAUCCUGAAGAAACAGCAGUGUGACUCCUACAAUGACUGUGCUGACAACUCUGACGAGCUCUUCUGUGGUGUGUUUAACUUCACUCCGGCACUGUUGAGAAAAUCAAAGGGAGUUCAGAAUCGUCAGUUCAGAAUUUACACAUACCUAUAUUUGUCAUUUAUUUUCCAGGAAGGAGAAACCAGUCAAUCCAUCUAUAAUACCAUUUUGAUUUAACUGACUAUUCAUACUUGACAGCAGUCUGUUAAAUCUGUUGUAAUGUCUUUGCCCGUCUUGUAGAAUUCCUCACUCCCUCGUCAAGCGACGUUCACUCACCAUCUCACACCAGCACCAUCGGCCCAGUCAUUGGCAUCAUCCUGUCAGUCUUUGUGAUGGGAGGGAUGUACUUUGUGUGCCAGCGGGUGGUGUGCCGUCGCUACAAGGGUCCCAACGGAGCCUUCCCCCACGAGUACAUCAGUGGCACCCCUCACGUACCCCUCAACUUCAUCGCCCCCAACAGUUCACAGCACGGAACCUUCACAGGUAAAGAAGGUUGGCUAUUACACAACACUGAAAACUGCAGGUCAAUUGGAUGAGUGUAUAGAUAUAUGGCCUGUACUAUAACAGGAUAGCAUUUACAUGCUGAAGCAGGUAGUUGUUCUCUCUGACUGUAUUUGACUGUGUUUUGUUGUGUUGCUUAGGUAUCUCGUGUGGGAAGUCUAUGAUGAGUUCUGUCAGUCUGAUGGGGAGCAGCUGUAGUGGGGCGCCGCUCUACGACAGGAACCAUGUGACAGGGGCCUCCUCCAGCAGCUCCUCCAGCACCAAGGGAGCCUUCUAUCCACAGGUAUGAACCCAACUUCUCUGCCCUCUCUUUGACCUACACGUAGGAACCCAACACCUCUGUCCUCUCAGAGGUGUCUCUCAUACGUUAUUUCUAAACUGGGGGGGGGGGAAUGUAAAUGUUCUCCUGUUUGAACUUUACUGGACACUGUGGAUGAUCUUAAAAAAUAAGUUUGUAAUUGAAUGGGUAAGGAUUUGUAUUUUAUUUUCUGUAUUUGCAGAUGCUCAACCCGCCUCCCUCUCCAGCCACGGAUCGCUCCCUGUAUAAUGCAGAGAUCUUCUACUCCUCUAACAGUCCCUCCACCACCAGGUCUUACAGGUAAGAGAUGCGGCACACUUGAUCAGUUUCUCUCUUUUGUAUUAUGCAACAGUCAGCUUGAUGUAAAUUGGCACCUCUUUGCUGUUGUGAAAUAAAACAAUUGUCUUUUCUCUCCUCCAUUCUUGCUCCUGAAAGACCUUAUCUAAUGCGUGGUGUGGCGCCCCCCACCACCCCCUGCAGCACUGACGUCUGUGACAGCGACUACACCACAAGUCGUUGGAAGAGCAACAAGUACUACAUGGACCUAAACUCAGACUCUGACCCCUACCCUCCUCCCCCCACUCCCCGGAGCCAGUACCUAUCAGCAGAGGAGAGCUGCCCCCCUUCUCCAUCCACAGAGCGCAGUUACUUCCACCUCUGUCCCCCGCCCCCCUCACCCUGCACUGACUCCUCAUGACACCCGGGGAAAUAGCCAUGUCUGUAAAUAAUUUUAAAUAUAAACAAAUGAGAAUUAUAUUUUAUUCAUUUCCACUGAUUGCCAUGGGUUAAAGUGGGGAUGGGGGUAGGGAUGGAAUAGGGCCAGAUCAAGUGUGAAAUUGUUGUACAGUGAAUUGUGUCACUUGUCUUUAUAUUUCAUGUUUCCCACCCUCGUUUCAGAUGGAGUAUCCUCCUAAUUAGAGAAGACUUUCAAUUUGACUAUUCUAUUGGCCUUUGACAAUUCCUUGUUUUUUCAGCAAAGUACUUUAGAACUUCCUUCAAACAACAGAUACCAAUUUACGGUGAAAUUUGAACAAGAAGUCACCAAUAUUGGUUUGAGAAAAUACUCCAUUCGCAAAUAUUACACUGUGGCCAGCCACAUGACCAUUAAAAAUACCAAAAUAAUUUCAAACAGAAUAAAAAUGUGUAAAUGUUUGUAAUUAAGUAAAUAAUUAAUUUUUCACAACAGCCAUGAAAUGUUCUUAUUAAUGAUUUUCUUUGUGAAUUUGAAAUGGUUCUGAGCAUAUCUUUGUUUGUUUUGGAGUUUACCAAAAAUGUGUUUGCUGCUACUGUACAUAUAUACUUUACUCUGAAUUAUGAAAACACUUUAAAAAAGAAAGCACCCAAUAAAACAAUUACAAUUUGACAAUAGAUCAUGAAGCUAUUUUACUGUUUGAAAUGUUUGAAUUAUUCAUAUAGUAAUAUUGUCCUUUUGUUGUUGUUGUGUAGAACAGUAUGUAUACAUGUUUAUGUGAAAUUGUGUUAAUUGUUUUGAAGGAGUCUGUAUGGAAUAACUCAUAAGAGCAGCUUCAUCAUUGAUGCAGUUGUCAACCAGAAAUGACUAGGUUUGGCACAACCUUUUAACUCUAUCAUGAAAAUGAUAUGCAAUGUCCAUGUGCUCUAAUUCCAUGUGACAUUCUAGACUGACUAUUCCCAUUUAUUGAAACAAUAACAAUACUGUUGGUAUUUCAGCUUUUGUCAAUGAGACAAAUGUCUUCGUAGUUUUUUGUAAAAAAGCUAUUCCAUCAUCUUCUCUAAACAAUGUUUGAAAAACUGUGGAUGAUUCAAUUGUAGUGAAACCCUCACUAUCCUCACAUUAUACCUUUCAACUUAACUAUAGAUUGAAUUUCCUCAGAGUGGUGAAUAUCAUGCACCUGUAAAAUCAUUGCUCCAUUAUAUUGUUUCGCUUUGAAGAUUGUCAAUGCAAGCUGUCAAUGUUGCCAAAUUGAGCACUUACUUAAAAAUGAACUAUCCAACCAGUUAUGAAAUGUGAAUCUAAAAUUACGUAUAGAGGGAAAUGUAUAUUGAAUUCAUACCUCUCUUGUGCUUCUUUUCUGAGCUUUUUCUCAGCCAUUUGUAUAUUUGUUUAUAGGCAAUUAACCAUGGUGCUGACAAGUGAAAUGAAAGAAUUUUCAUUAUUAAUGGUAUGAUAAAAAAUGUCAGUCAGGCUUCCAUCUGUAUGUUGAACACCUCUGGCUUCUAGCGGAGAGGUUGUACAGGUUCCUCAGACCUCCACAACACAACCUGCUGCCCUGCCCAUUUCAAACCAUGUCCUUACUGGAUAGGGGCAACUACAGCUAUACUUCAUUGUGCCACUAUAGAUGCUCCCCAAACAAACUGUGUUUUGUGUUUAAAUACCUUGUAAUUUACACUUGUGACAAUUUUUGUAUCAAAAUCAUUUUUAUAUAAUAAAGGUUAUAUUUUAAGGAAUAUUUGUGCCUAAUCUUUUAAAUUAGUGUUUUUUAUAUGUAUAUAGUCCCAUGAAAUGUGAUUAAUUUCCAUUACAUGGAAAAGGAUUUUGGUGAUCCAAAUGGAGCUCACAUUUUCUAUUGCGAUACUACUAACUGCACUGGUUAUGUGAAUGAAUCAUAGCUAAAUGCUGUCACCAUGUGGACAAACGUUGGAACGUCAUCCUUAUCUAUUUUUC